CCCCCACACUUCCCCUUAAUACGCUGUCGUUUCUUUCCCUAAACCCAAUCCCAUAAAACGGGUAACAACAUUAUUUCUUUAAUCACAAUUGUAAACACCCCCAAAACACACAAAAUUAAACAGCAUCUCUCUCUCUAUCUCUCCAAUUCUUAAACUUGUGAUUUCUUCUGAUCUCUCUCAUCGCUUCCUCUUCCUCCUCCUCCUUCUUUUUUGUUUUCAUUUUUUUUGAAUUUCUUUCUUCUUCUUCUUCACCCCCAAGUCUGUCUGUAUCGAUCCAAUUAUUCAACAAAACGAGGCAAAGGAUUGCCGACAUUUUUAUCCCAUUACUAGGAUAGGAAAGGAUCUUCUUCUUCUUCUUUCUUCUUCGUCUUCCAUUUCACUUUUCCUUUAAAUAUCUGUCGUCGUCAAUGGUGAUGGAUGACAACGAGAGUUGCGCCAGUCGCUUAAUUUACGACGCCUUACCAACAUCUCAGGCUACCAUGGACCGUCGCGAGCGCAUCAAAAUGGAGGUCUUCCACGAGGUUCUCCGCCGCCUCCGUCUUUCCGACAUCCCUGACACCCUUCUCCCUUCUUUCCAAGACGAUCUCUGGACUCACUUCAACCGCCUCCCUGCCAGGUAUGCUUUGGAUGUCAAUGUGGAGAGGGCAGAAGACGUCCUCAUGCACAAGAGAUUGCUCCUUUCUGCUUAUGAUCCUCACAAUAGGCCUGCUAUCCAAGUCCGUCUCGUCCAGGUUCAACCUGCGGGGACCUCAGCUGACUCCACUUCCUUGGACUCUUGUACUAAUGAAGCUCCUCACAAUUCUCCCUUUCCUAAAAGCAUUCAUCCGCCCCCUGCCUUUGGUUCAUCCCCCAAUCUUGAAGCUCUUGCUCUUUCAGCUACCAUUCCCCCCCAUGACCAGGACCAGGAUGGCGACAAUUCCGUUCAUAACAAUUCCCUCUAUUCCCGUCCCUUGCAUGAGAUCACUUUUUCCACUCAAGACAAACCUAAACUCCUUUUUCAGUUAACUGCCUUGCUUGCUGAGCUUGGGCUUAACAUUCAAGAGGCGCAUGCUUUCUCUACUACUGAUGGCUACUCACUUGAUGUUUUUGUUGUUGAUGGUUGGCCGUACGAGGAAACAGACAGACUUAGAAUAUCAUUGGAGAAAGAAGCAGCAAAGAUCGAGUUGCAGAGCCAAAGCUGGCCUAUGCAGCAAUCCUUCUCUCCUGAAAAGGAAAAUGGGCAAACAGGUGCCAGAACUCAUGUUCCAAUACCCAAUGAUGGAACUGAUGUUUGGGAAAUCAACCUCAAACACUUAAAGUUUGGGCACAAAAUAGCAUCUGGUUCUUAUGGAGAUCUGUAUAAAGGUACAUAUUGUAGCCAGGAAGUUGCUAUCAAAGUCCUCAAGCCAGAGCGUCUAGAUUCAGAGCUGGAGAAAGAGUUUGCCCAAGAAGUCUUUAUUAUGAGGAAAGUUCGACACAAAAAUGUUGUUCAGUUCAUUGGUGCUUGCACCAAGCCUCCUCAUCUGUGUAUCGUUACAGAAUUCAUGCCUGGUGGAAGUGUAUAUGACUAUCUCCACAAGCAAAAGGGCGUCUUUAAGCUUCCAGCUUUGUUUAAAGUAGCUAUAGAUAUUUGCAAAGGGAUGAGCUACUUACACCAAAAUAACAUAAUUCACAGAGAUUUGAAGGCUGCCAACCUCUUAAUGGACGAGAAUGAGGUGGUUAAGGUUGCAGACUUUGGGGUUGCCAGAGUGAAAGCACAAACUGGAGUUAUGACAGCUGAAACUGGAACAUAUCGGUGGAUGGCUCCUGAGGUGAUAGAACAUAAGCCAUAUGAUCACAAGGCAGAUGUAUUCAGCUACGGGAUUGUGCUAUGGGAGUUGUUGACUGGGAAGCUUCCAUAUGAAUACAUGACGCCAUUGCAGGCAGCAGUAGGGGUCGUCCAGAAGGGAUUACGGCCUACAAUCCCAAAGAACACGCAUCCGAAACUGGCAGAGCUGUUGGAGAGACUGUGGGAGCAGGAUCCGACGCAGAGACCAGACUUCUCAGAGAUCAUAGAGCAGCUUCAAGAGAUAGCCAAGGAGGUAGGAGAAGAGGGAGAGGAGAAGAAAAAAUCGUCAACAGGACUAGGAGGGGGGAUAUUGGCAGCCCUGAGGAGAAGCACGACACAUCACUGAUUGGUUUGGUUGCAAUUUGGAGCUGUAUAUGUUUAUGUGUUGCUUUCCUGAUUCAAUUGAUUUUGAUUUCCUUUUGUAAGUUCACAACACAGUAAUAUCUCAAAAGUUAAUGAAAGAAAACUUUUAUCUUCA